AUCAAUAGGGUCUGUAUAAUUUGAUGCCUAUUUAGUGGACUCAAAUAUGUCAUUAUUUUCCAAGUUACUUAUCCACUCAUCCCCUCAAAUAUGUCAAGAUACCAAACCUUUGUUUUUCUCAUCAUUUUCCAUUUGAUUCACCAUUCAUCAUUUGGUUGUUUGGAACAAGAGAAACAAUCACUUAUUGAACUCAAAAGGAAGUUUUAAUGAUCCAUCAUUAAGAUUUUCCUCUUGGGAAGGAAAUGAUUGUUGCAAAUGGAAAGGAAUUAGUUGCAGCAACAUUACCAACCAUGUUGUCAAAAUUGAUCUUAGGAAUCCAUGCUACCCUAAAAAAGGAGAAGAUUAUCAACAAAACUGUUCCUUCUCAAAAUAUAAGCUUGAAUCUCAAUAUAUUCACCCUUCUCUUUCAAAGUUCAAAUAUCUUACCUAUUUGGACCUUAGUGGAAACAAUUUUAAUUCAAGUCCAAUACCAACUUGGUUCAAUUCUAUUAACCAGCUACAAUAUCUUUCUAUCUCUGAUUCUCAUUUUAGUGGCAUGAUCCCAAAUGAUCUAGGAAAUCUUACAAAAUUGUACUUUCUUGAUCUCAGCUUCAAUUCUUGGUUACAUUCUGAUGAUAUCUAUUGGGUUUCAAAACUUUCAUUGCUUCAAAAUCUUUACAUGAGUGAUGUUUUUCUUGGUAAGGUACAAAAUUUAUUCAUGGUACUUAACAUGCUUCCUUCUUUGUUUCAAUUAGAUUUGAUGAACUGCAGCGUAAUUACCAAAAUGCGCAGCGAUAAUCAAAUUGUUAGUUACACAAAUUUUUCUAGCAUCGAGUCUCUAAAUCUUGCAGAUAAUAAAUUUGAUGUCUCGGAUUUGAAUGAUUUAAGACACAUGAGUAGUUCAGUUGAAUUUAUUGACCUUACUAAUAACAGUCUCAGUUCAGUUCCAUUUUGGUUGAGUAAUUGUGCCAAACUUGGUUCUCUUUUUCUUGGAAACAAUGUCCUUAAUGGCUCAAUUCCACUCCCUCUUCAAAAUUUGACUUCAUUGAUAGAGCUUGAUCUUUCCCAAAAUAACAUUGAAUCUGUUCCAUUGUGGUUUGGUGGGUUACAUAGUCUUCAGUAUCUGAAUCUAUCAUUGAAUCAUGUAAACUCUAUUGAGGACUCUUUACCAACAUUUCUAGGAAAUAUGUGUAAUCUUAUAUCACUAGAUUUGUCUGGAAACAGAAUUCAAGGAGGCGCACUCGUCGGCAAUUUGAAUUUGCAGUCUAACUGCAUUGAAUUUGGUUUAGAGGAACUUCAUUUGAGCAACAAUAAUUUCAAUGAUCAGCUGCCAGAAUGGUUAGGACAACUUCAAAAUAUGUUAAUUCUCGGACUUCAUUCAGGUUUUUUCCAUGGUCCUAUUCCACAUAUUUUUGGAAAAUUGUUAAACUUGCAAUAUUUAAUCCUUUCCAACAAUCACUUGAAUGGAUCUAUUCCAAAUUCUCUGGGAAAAUUGGCAAACUUAAGCUUCUUAAACAUUUCUAAUAACCACUUGAUAGGAAAUUUUCCUUGUAGUAUAACAUCACUUGUCAAUAUACAGUAUUUAAUUCUGAACAAUAAUAAUUUGACUGGGUCUCUUCCUAAUUGUAUUGGACAAUUUGUCAAUCUAAACACCUUGAUUAUUUCUUCUAAUCGUUUUUAUGGUGUAAUUCCUAUGAGUAUUGAGCAAUUAGUUAGCCUAGAAAACCUUGAUGUGUCAGAAAACUUUUUGAAUGGUACAAUCCCACAGAAUAUUGGUCAACUUUCAAAUCUGCAUACCUUUUAUCUUAGUAAAAACAAUUUGCAAGGGAAAUUUCCUCAAAGUUUUGGUAAACUUAAGAACCUGCAAAAUCUAGACUUGUCUCUCAUCUCAACCAUUUAGAAGGCAUGUUUUCUGAGAUAAAAUUUCCUAAGUCACUAGCCUAUGUGAACCUCACCAAUAACCAUAUCACUGGAUCACUUCCUCAAAAUAUUGCUCAAACAUUUCCCAAUCUCACUCACUUGCUUCUUGGAAACAACCUCAUAAAUGAUUCCAUUCCAUAUUCAUUGUGCAAAAUAAACUCUUUGUACCAAAUUGACCUUUCAAGCAACAAUUUAGUUGGCAACAUUCCUGAUUGUUGGAGUUCAACUCAAAGAUUGAAUGAGAUGACCCUAUCAUCUAACAAACUAUCCGGAGUUAUUCCAAGCUCGUUUGGUAAUCUUUCGACUUUGGUUUGGUUGCAUUUGAAUAACAAUAGUCUUCGAGGGGAGUUUCCGUUAUUCUUGAGGAAUUUAAAGCAAUUGUUAAUCUUAGAUAUCGGUGAGAACAAAAUGUCAGGGACUAUACCUUCAUGGAUAGGGGACAUUUUCUCCUUAAUCCAAAUUCUCAGGGUACAUUCCAUUACAACUUUGCAAACUUAGAUAGGUUCCAAGGGUACAUUCCGUUACAACUUUGCAAACUUUCAGCUUUGCAAAUCUUGGACCUUUCCAACAACAUGUUGAUAGGUUCCAUCCCUCCCUGCAUUGGGAAUCUUACAGCAAUGAUUCAAGGAAACAAACCAUUAGUUUCCUUAGCUCCCGGAGGGCUGAGGUAUAUGGAAUGGUAUGAACAAGAUGUGAGUCAGAUCAUUAAAGGAAGAGAAGAUCAUUAUACGAGAAAUCUGAAACUUGUGGCCAAUGUGGAUUUAUCAAGCAACAAUUUGAGUGGAUCUAUUCCUAAAGGAAUAACUCUUCUUACGGCUCUACAAGGUCUAAACCUGUCGCACAAUCAUUUGUCCGGUGAAAUUCCUACAACCAUAGGGAACAUGAAGUCGCUUGAAUCUUUAGACCUCUCUCAUGAUCAACUUUCAAGCUCAAUUCCUCACACCAUGUCUAGUUUAACUUUUCUAAGUGCACUAAACCUGUCCUACAACAACCUUUCAGGACCAAUUCCACAAGGAAACCAAUUUUCAACACUUAAUGAUCCAUUUAUUUAUGUUGGCAACAAAUUUCUUUGUGGUGCGCCAUUGUCCAAUAAGUGUGAUCCUGGUGAAAAUGAUAUGGAUGAAGAUGAAAAAGAGGACAAGGCUGAGAAAUUGUGGUUUUACUUUGUGGUAGCAAUUGGUUUUGGUACUGGCUUUUGGGUUGUAGUUGGAGUUUUGUUGUUUAAGAAGUGUUGGAGGAAGGCUUACUUUAAAUGCAUUGAUGAGACAGUACACAAGAUAAAAGUCACAUGCAGUAGAGAGUUAGAAAGGUUAAAGAAAACAUGCAUGGGAAACCCUGUUGAUUAGUGAGAGAUGAUUGUGUGCAGGUAGCUUAAUUGCUCAUGUGAUAUAAAAGAAUGUAUCAAUAAAUUUUUCACUAUUUGAAAAAUAAAUCAUGAUCAUCAAUAAUGUAAAUCUGGCGGAUGCUAGCGUGGGUGUGAGGAACAUAUCUCUCACUGGUGAGAGAGUAUUUUCACCGGCUAUCAUAGGAUCUAACAAGUUGGUGUGGACGAGGAAAUUGAAUUGGCUAAACAAGUUGACAAACCCUUCUUUACCUCAAAUUUUCAAAUCCUUCCAUUGUAGCAAAUCAACAUUCAUACUUUCAUUGUAGCAAAUCAAACGAGCAAAGACAACUGGUUUGGAUCGAUCGAGAAGCAGAGCAAAGUGAAGACAACGGAAGGCUCUUUGAGGCUUUGAGUCAUGGAGGGUAGACCAAACAGUCAAAAUCCAUUGUUCGUGAACGUAGCUUCAGGGGAAAUGUUGUUAGAGAGUUGUUGAACAAGUGGCCAGAUCUUACUCAAAUGAUCGAUGAGAAUGGGAAUUCUGCAUUGCAUCAUGCUUGUAAUAAAGGACACAGAGAGAUUGUAUGGAUACUACUAACACGCGAUUCAAAUCUUUCUUUACAAUACAACAACAAUGGUUAUACACCAUUGCAUCUUGCAGUGAUGAAUGGGAAAGUCUCAAUCCUCAACGAUUUUGUAUCGGGAAGUGCUGCAUCGUUUCACUAUACCACAAGAGAAGAAGAGACAGUAUUUCAUUUAGCUGUGAGAUAUGGAUGCUAUGAUGCUUUGGUUUUCUUGGUGCAGGUUGCAAAUGGUACAAACUUAUUGCACUGCCAAGAUAGAUAUGGCAACACUGUCUUACAUCUAGCAGUUUCAGGCGGUCGCCAUAAGAUGACAGAUUUCUUGAUCAACAAGACAAAGCUGGAUAUCAAUAUUAGGAAUAGUGAAGGGAUCACAGCACUUGACAUUCUUGAUCAGGCUAUGGACAGCAUAGAAAAUAGGUACCUACAAGCAACAUUCAUCCGAGCUGGUGCUAAGAGAAGCCUCCAAUCUUCCUCCUUUUCACUUGAACUAGACAAGACCAAUUUUCCCUCACCACCAUCUAGGCGUUCUCCGUCGCGAAGGUAUAUAUCUAAUGAAAUGGAAGUGCUAAGCGAAGUGGUUUCUUAUGAUUGUAUUAGUCCUCCACCGGUUAGCAAAAGCACUGAAUCUAGAUCACCUCAGCCUCAAAUAAGUGAGAGGUUUGAGAAUGGAACCUAUAAUCCAUAUUACUUCUCACCGACUAAUUUAGUGAAACACAAGCAUCAUAAUAACAAAGAAAAAACGGAAAAUAUGAACCAUACUAAGAGGAAAAACUAUCAUGAGAUGCACAAAGAGGCAAUACUAAAUGCAAGAAACACUAUUGUAUUAGUGGCUGUUUUGAUUGCAACUGUAACUUUUGCUGCUGGUAUUAGUCCACCUGGUGGUGUGUACCAAGAAGGACCAAUGAGAGGCAAAUCAAUGGUUGGUAAAACAUCAGCUUUUAAGGUAUUUGCAAUAAGCAAUAACAUAGCACUUUUCACCUCAUUAUCUAUAGUUAUUGUUCUUGUUAGUGUCAUUCCAUUUAGAAGAAAACCACAAACAAUACUAUUGAUCAUUGCUCACAAGGUUAUGUGGGUCGCUGUUGCGUUUAUGGCAACUGGUUAUGUUGCAGCUACAUGGGUGAUUUUGCCACAUAAUCAAGGGAUGCAAUGGCUAACUGUUGUGUUAAUAGCACUUGGUGGUGGCUCUUUAGGUACAAUUUUCAUUGGUCUUAGCGUGAUGCUUGUUGAACAUUGGCUUAGGAAAUCUAAGUGGAGAAAGAAAAGAAAGGAAAGUGGGGAUGGAAAUGCAGAUUCAGAUAAGGAAAGUGAAAAUUCAGAUUUUCAAAGCUCUUAUCUACAAGGUUACCAUUCAUAUUGAUUCAUUUGUUGGCUCCUAAGAUGAAAAUAUUAUGUACUAUGUGUAGAAAAUUAUUUGUACAUUAAAUAUCACUUCUUCAAGAAUGUUAACUAUGUAUAUUCCAAAAUAUUUUCUAAAACUGUUUCAUACAGCAGAAUCAGGCAGAAAAAGUUAUAGCACGGUAACAUCGGAAAUUCUAAA